AGACACCAGAGAAUUCACACUGGCGAGCGUCCUUUUUCCUGUUUUGAGUGCGGAAAAUGUUUUUCUGACCAAGGAAACCUUCGUAGACACGAAAGAACUCACACUGGUGAGAGUCCCUAUUCAUGCUCAGAGUGUGGAAAAACUUUUUCCAAAAAAGAAUCCCUUCUUCUACACCAGAGAAUUCACUCAGACGAGCGUCCAUAUUCAUGUUCAGAGUGCGGGAAAUCUUUUGUUCAUAAAGGACAACUUGCUACUCACCAGAGAAUUCACUCAGACGAGCGGCCUCAUUCAUGUUCAGUGUGCGGAAAAUGUUUCAACAAAAAAGGGAGCCUUGUUAGACACCACAGAAUUCAUACAGGUGAGCGCCCUUUUUCAUGUUCAGAGUGCGGGAAGUGUUUCACUGCCAGGGAAACCCUUUUUACUCACCAGAAAAUUCACUCAGGCGAGCGUCCCUAUUCAUGUUCGGAGUGCGGCAAACGCUUCUCUCGGAAAGAAAACCUUGUUGUACACCAGAGAAUUCACACUGGUGAGCGUCCCUUUUGCUGUUCAGAGUGCGGAAAAUGUUUUUCUGAAAAAGGAAGCCUUCAUAAACACCAGAGAAUUCAUACAGGCGAACGUCCCCUUUCCUGUAUAGAGUGUGGGAAAUGUUUUCUUAGUAAAGCAUCACUUCGUAACCACCAGAGAACUCAUACAGGUGAGCGUCCCUAUUCCUGUUUAGAGUGUGGGAAAUGUUUUUCUGACCAAGGAUACCUUCUUAGACACCAAAGAGUUCAUACGGGUGAGCGUCCCUAUUCCUGUUUCGAGUGCGGGAAAUGUUUUUCUGACCAAGGAAACCUUCGUAGACACGAAAGACGUCACACUGGUGAGCGUCCCUAUUCAUGUUCAGAGUGUGGGAAAUGUUUUGCCGAAAAAGGAAUCCUCGUUAUUCACCAGAGAAUUCACUCAGGCGAGCGUCCUUAUUCAUGUUCAGCGUGCGACCAGAAAACUCACAAGGCUGAGCGUCCUUAUUCAUGUUCCGAGUGCGGGAAAUGUUUUUCUGACAAAGGGAGCCUUCUGAAACACCAAAAAAAUCAUACUGGUGAGCGUCCCUAUUCAUGUUCCGAAUGUGGGAAAUGUUUUAUUAGGAAAGUACAUCUUCAGAAACACCUGAAAACUCAUACUGGUGAGCGUCCCUAUUCCUGUUUAGAGUGUGGAAAAUGUUUUGCUGACCUAGGAAACCUUCUUAAUCACCAGAGAAUUCACACAGGUGAGCGUCCCUAUUCCUGUUCUGAGUGCGGAAAAUGUUUUUCUGAAAAAGGAACCCUUCUGAAACACCAAAGACUUCACACCGGUGUGCGUCCACAUGCAUGUUCAGAGUGCGGAAAAAGUUUUUCGCAUAAAGGAUCUCUUCUCACACACCAGAGAAGUCAUACGGGCGAGUGUCCGUUUACCUGUUCAGAGUGCGGAAAAUGUUUUUCUGAACAAGGAAGCCUUCUGAAACACCAAAAAAAUCACACUGGUGAGCGUCCCUAUUCAUGUUCCGAAUGUGGGAAAUGUUUUAUUAGGAAAGUACAUCUUCAGAAACACCUGAAAACUCAUACUGGUGAGCGUCCCUAUUCCUGUUUAGAGUGUGGAAAAUGUUUUGCUGACCUAGGAAACCUUCUUAAUCACCAGAGAAUUCACACGGGUGAGCGUCCCUAUUCAUGUUCAGAGUGCGGAAAAUGUUUUUCUGAAAAAGGAACCCUUCUGAAACACCAAAGACUUCACACCGGUGUGCGUCCCCAUGCAUGUUCAGAGUGCGGAAAAAGUUUUUCGCAUAAAGGAUCUCUUCUUACACACCAGAGAAGUCACACAGGCGAGUGUCCUUUUUCCUGUUUGGAGUGCGGAAAAUGUUUUUCUGACCAAGGAAACCUUCGUAAACACCAGAGAGUUCAUACGGGGGAGCGUCCCUUUUCAUGUUCAGAGUGCGGAAAAUGUUUUUCUGAACAAGGAUCUCUUCAUAAGCACCAGAGAGUUCAUACGGGCGAGCGUCCCUAUUCCUGUUUAGAGUGCGGAAAGUGUUUUUCUGAUCAUGGAUGCUUUCGUAAACACCAGAGAAUUCAUACAGGGGAGCGUCCCUUUUGCUGUUCAGAGUGCGGAAAAUGUUUUUCUGCCCAAGGAAACCUUCGUACACACCAGAGAAUUCACACUGCUGAGCGCCCCUAUUUGUGUUUGCAGUGUGGAAAAGGUUUUUUCACAAAAGAACAUCUUAGCCUACACCAGGGAAUUCACUCAGGAGAGUAUCCUUAUUCAUGUUCAGAGUGCGGGAAAUCAUUCACUCGGAAAGACAACUUUGUUAGGCACCAGAGAAAUCACGCAGGUGAGCAUCUUUAUCCAUGUUCAGAGUGCGGGAAAUCUUUCACUUGGAAAAGCAACCUUAUUAAGCACCAGAAAAGUCACUCAAGUGAGCGUCCUUAUUCAUGUUCAGAGUGUGGGAAAUCUUUCACUCGGAAAGAAAUCCUUGUUGAGCACAAGACAAUUCAUUCAGGGGAACGUCCCUUUUCCUGUUCAGAGUGCGGAAAAUGUUUUUCUGCCCAAGGAAACCUUCGCGCACACCAGAGAAUUCACACUGGUGAGCGUCCCUAUUCAUGUUCGGAGUGCGGGAAAUCUUUUAGUUGGAAACAAAACCUUGUCAUCCACCAGAGAACUCAUUCCGGCGAGUGUCCUUAUUCAUGUUUGGAGUGCGGGAAAUCUUUCACUUGUAAAGGAAACCUUGUUAUGCACCAGAGAAUUCAUUCAGGUGAGCGUCCUUAUUCAUGUUCAGAGUGCGGGAAAUGUUUCACCCUAAAAGGACACCUCAUUGCUCACCAGAGAGUUCAUACGGACGAGCGUCCUUAUUCAUGUCCAGAGUGCGGGAAAUGUUUCACGGCCAAGUCAAGCCUUGUUACUCACCAGAAAAUUCACUCGGGCGAGCGUCCCUUUUGCUGCUCGGAGUGCGGAAAAUGUUUUCCCGGGAAAAAAAACCUUGUUUCGCAUCAGAGAACUCACACCGGUGAGCGUCCCUUUUGCUGUUCAGAGUGCGGGAAACGUUUUUCUCAAAAAGGAUGCCUCAUUAAACACCGAAGAACUCACACUGGUGAGCGUCCCUAUUCAUGUUUGGAAUGCGGGAAGAGUUUUCCUAGGAAAGGAACCCUUCUUGCACACCAGAGGUUUCAUAGGGGAGAGCGUCCCUAUUCCUGUUUAGAGUGCGGGAAAUGUUUUUAUGGCAAAGGAUCCCUUCUUACCCACCAGAGAAUUCAUACAGGUGAGCGCCCCUUUUCCUGUUCAGAGUGCGGAAAAUGUUUUUCUGACAAAGGGUACCUUCUGAAACACCAAAGAAAUCAUACCGGCGAGCGUCCCUAUUCGUGUUCGGAUUGUGGGAAAAGUUUUUCCAAGAAAGGAUCCCUUCUUACACAUCAGAGAAGACACACGGGGCGAGCGCCCCUUCUCCUGUUUGGAGUGUGGAAAAUGUUUUUCUGA